AUGGACUCUCUGGCUUCGCUCGUUCCGCCUGCUUUGGCUCCCCUCAUCGACACCCUGGCGAGCAAUGCACAGCUUCUUGGUGUCGCAGUGAUCUCUGUCGCAGCUAUCUACCUGGGCUACGCUUUCAUUUUGAACAGCAAGGAGGCAGCUGUGACUUUCAAUGUUCCACUACCGGCUGAGGUUCGCGCCAACUGGACCGGCAAGAAAUGGGAGGAUGUGCAGGGUGAGGAGAAGAAGGUGCUUGAAGGUCAGGUCCGAGGGCAAUGGAGUGACAAGUUGAUUAUGAGUUACUGUCCUGCGGACGGACGGGUACUGGGAACCGGAAUCAAGCCGAACACCGCAGACGAUGUCAAUCGAGCGAUACAAGCUGCCAAAACUGCGCAAGUCGAAUGGGCCAAGACUAGCUUUGCCGAUAGGAGGAAGGUUCUUCGGACAUUGCUCAAAUAUGUUCUCGACCACCAAGAUGAGAUCGUCGCUGCGUGUUGCCUGGAUUCGGGGAAAACAAAAGUCGACGCCUCGUUCGGGGAGAUCCUCGUCACCGCGGAGAAGCUGAAAUGGACCAUCGACCACGGCGAAAAGGCCCUGACGGCUGAGUUCCGCCCGACAAAUUUCCUGAUGAUGUACAAAAAGAACAUGGUCACAUACGAGCCUCUGGGCGUUGUCUCCGCCUGCGUCUCCUGGAACUAUCCGUUCCACAACUUCAUCUCCCCGGUCAUCAGCGCGAUUUUCGCUGGAAAUGGUAUUGUGGUGAAGCCGUCCGAGCAGACUGCGUGGUGCACCAUGUUCUUCCUUGAAAUUAUCCGAGGCGCUCUUUCGAGCUGCGGUCAUUCGCGAGACCUAGUACAAAGCGUCGUGUGCCUUCCCGAUGUCGCAGGCGCCCUGACAUCUCACCCGGAUAUCUCUCAGCUGACCUUUAUCGGUUCCCGCCCCGUGGCCCACAAAGUGUGUGAGUCCGCAGCCAAGGCAUUGACACCAGUCACCGUAGAGCUGGGCGGGAAGGAUCCCGCCGUCAUCUUGGACGAUGCGCGGACCGUGAGCGAAGUAUCCUCCAUUGCCUCGGUGCUCAUGCGCGGUGUCUUCCAAUCCGCCGGGCAAAACUGCAUUGGCGUCGAGCGCGUCAUUGCUCUCCCAGGCGUAUACGACAAGCUCCUCGAUACCGUCGCCCCUCGCAUUCAAGCCCUCCGUCUUGGCUCCGUCCUCCUCGACUCCAAACCAAACGAUGCCCAGCAGAAACCCAACACCCCGGACAUGGGCGCGAUGAUCUCCCCGGCAUCCUUCGAUCGACUGGAAUCUCUCAUCGAAGACGCCGUCAGACAAGGCGCACGGCUCAUCUGCGGCGGCAAGCGUUACAAUCACCCUAGACACCCCCACGGCCAUUACUUCACGCCCACCCUCCUCGCCGACGUGACGCCCUCCAUGCGCAUUGCCCAGACGGAACUCUUUGCCCCGGUCUUUGUCCUCAUGCGCGCGGAAUCAGUGCCCCACGCUAUCAGCAUCGCAAACUCAACAAUGUACGCCCUCGGAGCAAGCGUAUUUGGGUAUAACCAGAAAGAUGUCGCGGCGUGUGUAUCUCAAAUCAAAGCGGGCAUGGUGUCCGUGAACGACUUUGCCAGUUACUACGCGGUGCAGCUGCCGUUUGGCGGCGUCAAGGGUUCCGGAUAUGGUCGGUUCGCCGGAGAAGAGGGUCUCCGGGCCGUGAGUAACAUCAAGGCAAUUUGUGUAGACCGCUUCCCCAGGUUGAUGGCUACGCGGAUACCCCCGAGAGUGGACUAUCCGAUUCAGAAGGGUGAGGAUGAUAAGCAGAAUGGGACUGGCGCUUGGGAGCUGUGCAAGGGUGUGGUUGAGACGGGGUAUCAGUUGACGCUGGCUGGCAGGUUAAGUGGGAUCCUGCGGCUAUUGAAGAAUAUGUAA